AUGCAUUGCACGUGCAAAACACUGCUUAGCGGUGUCUUCAAUGCGCCGCGGUCCUGCGCUGCCACGAUCCCGCCAACCUUUCUCGCACCAGCCUUUGCCGCAGCACAAACAUCCUCCUUCUCCACCACCCAUACCAAUUCCGCACGCAAGGAUGGCAACAAAGCGCGCGGUGUGUCCGCGCUGCGAAGGACUGGCCUGAAGAAGCAAAGGGUUUCCAUCAAGCCUUUCGAAUUGCCCAAGCCGGUGGACAGAGAAAGGAUAGCACCCGUACAGGUGGACGAUGAUCACGGGCUAUGGGAGUUCUUUCCUCACGACCAAAAGUCCAUGGCCAACCCCGAGGAACUGGGCUCUCAUGGUCGAGCAUGGGAAAUUCGCGAGCUGAGGCAUAAAGAUUGGGAGUGUCUACACAAAUUAUGGUGGGCCUGUAUCAAAGAGCGGAACAGACUGCUCACAUACCAGAUCGAGCGUGAGCGCGUUGGUAAUAUGUACGGCCGAUACGAGUCAGAUGAGCGGACGAAGACGAUCCGACUGACGAUGGGGAGGAUCAAGUUCGUUCUGACCGAACGCUGGUAUACCUGGGAGAACGCUCGAAAUGAGGCCAUGUCUGAUAAGGAGAUCAACCUGUCCGCCGACGUAGAUGCGGGAGAGCUGGCAUAUAUGCCCAAAGACCAAGUAAGUUGA